CGCAUGCUCCCUGCAUCCUCUUCUCCAUCCACACGUCAAAGGGACUUGAAAGCCUGAAUAAAGAUGCUCAACGUCUCGGGUCGCUGGAGCCUUGGGUGAAACUGAGUUAUCUGAAGGGACGUGCGCACACAGAGAAGCCGUGUAGAUUUAGAGCUGAAACACUCGUAUCCUGGUUUCGGCGCGCGGGCAUUUCACCGACAUGGAACUGAAGAAAUCUAUUUCGGACACCGAGCGCGCGCUCAGGAGCUACGGCGCUGUGUCAGAAACUGCAUGGACAACGGACAAGGGUCAUUCAGAUGUGUCCAUGGCGGAGAGCACCAUGGAUCCAGAGAAGAUCGAGGUGGAGAUGGCUCGUAUCCAGCGCCUGCGAGAGGUCCUAGUACGUCGGGAGUCAGAGCUGCGCUUCAUGAUGGAUGACAUUCAGCUCUGCAAAGACAUCAUGAGUUUAAAGCAGGAGCUGAGACAGAUUGUCACAGCACCAGAGAAAGAAAAAAACAAGAAGCACAGGCAGCGGGAAGAAGAGCUGAUCCUGAAGAUUCAUAAACUGGUGCAGAAGAGGGAUUUCCUGGUCGACGAUGCUGAGGUGGAGAGAUUAAGGGAGCAAGAGGAGGACAAGGAGAUGGCUGAGUACCUCAGACUGAAGCUGAUGCCUCUGGAGAAGAAGCUCAAAGCCACGCAAAAUCCUCCGAAGCCUAAGAGACAAAUCCCAGAGCCGCCUCCCAACAAACCGUCCAUCACCAAGUCCGGAGUGGCCGUCAUUAAGGAUUGCUGUGGAGCCACCCAGUGUGCCGUCAUGUAACUGACACGGACCCCUUUAUGUCCCCGUGUCAGAAACAACAUACUCACAUCACAUCACACGCCAUACAUCACUUCCUGUGACUCAGAGAAUCUCUGCUAACUGCGUUUCCCCCUCGAAACUGUAAAGGAAUCAAGUUUAAUUUGAUCAGUGCUCGAGUGAAACCUCCUGUAAGUGAAGACACUUGUCCACAGUGUACAUGAAGUACAGGGAGAGGGAAUUGUAAAUAAAAAUCUGAUAAAUGUAUGUCUUAAAUUACAUUCAGAUUGCGUCAUGUUACAUUCCUUAACGAUGACAAUAUGGUCUGUGACCAUGUGGUCGAUAAACAGUGGAGGCAUUUACAGAACUACAAGCACAAUGUCCACAAAAUGAAAUAUAAAUGCUGAGGUUCUCUGUUCUCUGACAAGAAAAACAAACAUAUGUCAUCGUCCCGUCAUGUUUGACAACGGGUAUUUAAUAUUCCAUUGCAUCCCUUUAACAUCAACCAGUGAACCUCUUUCACUUUCAGGAGACACACAACUCUGCGUUUUUAUCAUUGUUCCUAGGUGGGACGAUGAACACGUGGCUCAGACUAACAAUAUGGCCGCCAUUUAAGCGACUGGCAUGUAAAUGGUGGAGAGGGGUGGCAGCAAGUGAACGCUUUUGUACUGGAGCGGAGCAAUAUUUUUGACUCCAUGCAUUGGCUUGAGCAUUUUAUUUCUCUCUCUCUCUCUGUGAUUCUUUAACAUCUGCUGUGCCUGAUUCAAAGCUUUGGCACAGUCAUAAGAUCAUCGGAGGUCAGUGAAGGUUAAAACACAGAACAUACUUGAUGAAAAUAGUGACUAAAACUCUACUGCAACUUUGCUAUAAAACGGGGUAAAAAUAGGUGUGUGCCCAAAUGUUUGCAGUUCACUCUAUAGAGGUGAAUGCUUACUGGCAUGCAACCUCAUAUCACCCACUUUUGUAGCAGUGUUUCUACUGGCUCAUAACCAUUAUUAUUUUUGGUUAAUCCCCAGUUUACAGAAGCCCUGAGAGGCAAGUGAGGAAAAAUUAAUUCUGGUGAUUCUGGUCUAAAUUGUUUUCUCUCCUUUGUUCAUGGUUUUUGUAGGAUAAUCUUUAAGUUUUCUAUUUUAUUUUAUUAUCCAUGAAACAGUUUGAGAAAGUGUUGUAAUACUAAUUUCAUCCACAAGAGGCUGAAGUGCAAUGUUUUCUUCCAGGUGGCUUUUUAUUUCUCCAUGCACUAUAAACCCAAGGUGCACAUAUUGUGUGUUCUAAAGUUACGUAACAUUAGCAUCAGUACUUUCUUUUGGCUAGUUGUGGCUAAUUGGUGCUAAUCUGCCAAUAGGAAAAACUGAUGUUUUUUUUAGUCCCUUUUAGAACACUGGUAGUGGUGCGCUUCAGCCCAUUGUGGCCAAAAUGAGCAUUACAACAACAAACACGCAAAUGAUCCUGCAAAGCUUUUCCCUCCCACCUUUACUUAAGUCCUAAACACAGGACAGAAAAAAGUGGUCAGCUUUGGAAGAUGUAUCACCAGAAUUAUUUUCUCUAUUUUCUCUCAGGGGGUUCUGUACCUGUAUAUGCUGACCAAUAAAAAUACAUUUAUUUAACAUGGCGGGUGUUUAAAAAAGAAGAAAAAAAGAAAAAAAAGAAAAGAAAAACAUCCACUAUGCCCACUCAGUCCCGUCACCACAUCACUGACCA